AUGAAUGGUGAGUACAUUCAAAUUGGAAAGGAGGCCAUCUUGCUGAAGGAAAGGAAAAUAAUCAAGGAGUUCACAGACAGUACAUCAAGUCACAGCCUGUCUGGAGCAGGAGGGUAUGUGAAUUCUGCAGCGUCCACCACUGAGUUCACAAUAUUCCCUCCAGUACACACAGCUUCCGCCGCUACUUCUUCAUCCAACCAGCUGUCAGUUCCUGGAGACAGAUCCUCUGUCGUGCGGUUUGAGCCUCUUCCAGACAUCCGCCACUCGCAGCCUCAUAGUAGACGCCCCGCAGCGUUCAACAAUGCGGUCACCCACGGACUGUCCUCACGGGACUGGUUUCAAGAACCUCAUGUCAACUUCCCAAGACAACAGCUGAAAUACCUGCGUGAGUUGGGUCAUGGCUGGUUUGGAAGAGUGGUCGAAGGGGAAGCCCAAGGCAUUGUUCCUGAACAGAAAACCAGUAAAGUGGUGGUGAAGAUCCUUCAUGAAGAUGCAACAACAACUGACCAGAUGUAUUUCUUGCAUGAAGCGAAGCCAUACCGGGAACUGGACCAUCCAAACAUUCUUAAACUGCUAGGCCGUUGCUUGGAAACAGAUCCAUUCCUAGUUUUACUAGAGGCAUGCCCCAGUGGUGACCUCAAGACUUUCCUUUCGCAGAAUACUGCCACAGCGGAGGCUCUGAACCAGCAGGGAAUCACUUUACAGAUGUGUUGCAACAUUUCAUCAGGCUUGCUGCAUAUGCACAGGAAUGGAUUUGUACAUACAGAUCUGGCCGCCCGCAACUGCCUUGUAACACCAGAUUUAUCAGUCAAAAUUGGUGACUAUGGAACUAGCAUUGAAACAUUUAAGGAAGAUUACUACUGUGCUGGUGAAGUGGCACUACCAAUCCGGUGGUGUGCACCAGAGACACUGCACUGCACAGAAACCACUAUCGAAACAAAAGAGGUGACAGCCAGUGCAAAUGUUUGGAGCCUGGGCGUAGUGCUCUGGGAAGUCUGCGAAUUUGGGAAGUUGCCAUAUUCAGAUCUGAGUGAUGAUGAGGUCAUAGUGAAAGUGCUGGGGGAGGGCACCCUGCAUCUCAAGCCACCAUCCUUGUCAUGUCCCCAGGGACAGAACCUGUACCUGCUUAUGAAACUCUGUUGGAGUUGCAUGCCGGAGCGGCCACCAUUGCUACAAGUUCACUCAAUGCUGAAUCACCUUUACGUGAGCCAAGAACAGAACGGCAAGGAUGGUGAUAGCUCAAGCCUAAAAACAGAUGAAGAUUUUGAGCACCGAUGGGAGAUGUUCAAACCGAAUUCUAUUCCAAAAACUGAUAAUCAUAUAAUUUCACCUGAGAAGAUUCCCAUUGUGCAGUCUCCAACUCAGUCUCCAGGGGAAACAAGUACCAGAAUCCUUCCAGAUGAUGACACAGUUGCACAACUGGAAGAAGGCCACACACUCCAGAGCAAAGCGUUAGUAUUACCCCCAGCUGAAUUUGAAAGUGAUAUUACAUCACGAGACUCAGGAAACCUGGUCAUGGAUGGAAUCAGCAUGACUCCUCUCACAACAUCACCCCAACCAUCAUUAGCAAGCAGUUUUGGAGGUGAGUUCUUUAUACCAACUCUUCAGCAAAGUCAUAAGUCACCAAGUCUCCAAAACCUACGUGGGUCCAUAGAUGAUCUCAGUGAAUGCACCGUUGAGGUCACAGAUGCUACAGAUUGGCAGAAAGAGGAUGAACUGGAUCGUGUUUCAGAUAGUAUGGAGAGAAAAGAGAAUGCAGGGGAAGUAUUGAAUGAGGAGGGCAGAGAAAAGGAGGUGAAAGAAAUUGUUUCACUGGAACCAGACUUUGAUUCUUGGUUGAAAGGUGUGGAAACAACCAAUGAAGAAGAUGCAAAGUUUGUUCGCAAAAUAUCUGAGGCAAUUCGAGAUCUGGAUAAUGCUUUAGCACUGGAAAAGACGUCGUCAUCUUCAUCCGAAGCUUCUAGUAAAUGUGAUUCCCAUCAGAGUCCUGCGAGAGGCGCAACUGCUGAACAGAAUGUGGUUCUGGACUUUAGACUUGGUCGUGCAGAUUCUGGUGUGUCAUCAGAUGAUAAGGAGAUGAUGUUUCAACCAGACAGUCUUCAAGAUGACAGUUUGUUGGAUAAUGUUAAGUCAACAUAUUUGGAAUAUAGGGCAACAGAUUCUGGGACUGACACUGAAGAUGAGAUAUGGAGGAGACGGAUUGAACAAGGAGAGUUCUCUGAAAAGGUGAAGGAGAAGUCUAAAUCAGUUGCAGAUCUGAUGGUUUUAACCCACAUUGAGUGCAGUGAUGGCAGUGAUUCAGAACCUCCAUCUCUAACCUGGUGUUUUGAGCGGAGUUCUGACGGCCGAGGAUCCUUCAGUACUAGAGUGAGGCCAGGUUCAUUGGGUAAAAAUGUUCCUACUACAUUUAGCAGUGAGAGUAAUGUCCACGGAGCUGUUCUGGAUGAGGAAUUCAAAGCCACGCUAAAGAAACAGAGGCAGUAUAUCAGAACGUCAAAGUCUGGGUCUGAUCCAAAUUCUUCACUACAGAGGUUUGAUGAAGCAAAGACCUCAGAUGUGCAGUCUUCUAAUCAUAACAGUAGCAGGAAUUUUUUAGUCAUUGAUGCCUCGGAAGAAACUAAUAAACAGGAUUGUGUGACUGAGAUAAUAGCAAUUAAUGGGGAAACCUCAGUGAAUGAAGUAGCAUUAUUGUGUCCCAGCAUAGCUGGUCCUGUAUUGCAUAGUGAUGUGAUAGCUAAUACAGCAGUUGUGUAUGACAAAGUAGAGAGCAAGAUUGAUGUUAAUGUUGAAAACUGUGUGUCAAGUUACAGUCAAGUGCCUGAGGAAGAUUAUAUGUUUAAUUCAAUGUUGGCAUCUAGUUGCCAGGACAAGAAACGUGAUGUAGUAAUUAGUGAAGCAAAUGACAUGUUGGGAGCAGACACUGGUUGUGCUGCAAAGUUAGGUGCUAUUCCUCAUGAAGAAACUUCAAAAAGUAUUAAUGACAAUGUGCCUCAAAAACAUGUGAUAGAAUCCACAUUAAAUAAUAUAUUUAUGUUGAAAACUGAAGCAUUGCCACAUCAGAAUGUGACCUACCAAAAUUUGUUUAGCUGUGAGCCACACAAUGUUUCUAGCAUUAGUUUAUUUGCUACGUGUGAUGAUUUUGAGGACAGUUUUGAUACAAGCACAGGUGUGAGAACUGAAGAUGAAUAUUUCAAAGGUGAAUAUAAAGAAUCAAAUUCAUCUCCUCUGUUCACAAGUGCACCUCAUCAUCCUCAUAGGAAAGUAAGAGUUACUGAUUCUUUGCAUCCUGACAUAUGUGAUUUUUCAGAUGCUAUUGACACAUUUCCAGUCGUGUCUGAUGUGGUUUCAACAUUCUCUCCAAGCAAGACAUUGAAUUCUGAAACCAGUUUCCAACGUGUAGAUAGUUCAUACAUUGACUGUGACCAUGUGUCAACUUCCGACACACUGUCAGAUUCAUUCCAUUUUUCCCCUGUGAACAUUUCUGAUGUGCAGGAGAAUGUCAGCUUUACCAAGCAAAGCCUGCAAGUACUGAAUUCUCCUUGUGAGCCGCAAAUGAUAUUUAAUUCCCUUAAUACUGCUGACAUACCUCUAGCUUCAAGCAAAAAUACAGUACCUGCCUUUAGUUUAAAGGAUAACAAACAAGGAAGUAUGGUGCAGACUACAGUUUCAGAUUUUAUUCCGUCAGUAGUUCUUGGGCCAUGUGAAGACUACACAUUAGAUUAUUUUAAGGGACUGAAAACAACAUCUGGUGAGAACACGUCAUUGAACUGUGAAGACAUAUCAUUACAUUUAGGGAACAACACUUUUACAGAUGAAAAAGUGGAAAAACCUGUUUCAGGUGAUAAACAAAAACCAUUACUUGUAGAUUACUGCAUUGACUCGUGGGACAAACAUCUUUCUGCUGCCUUCCUAGAACAUGAAGUGAAGGCUAAUUUCUUUGAUGACAUCAGCUUUAAAUCUGGAACAGACAACUUGACUGAUGAAGAUAAACCAGUGAACCACAGGCUUACCAGUACCUCAAAUAACAGCUUAGAGCCAGCCCUGUUAAAUCAUGAAACAAAAGAAAUUAAUUCUACGUUUGAAAAUGGAAUGAGAAAUACCCCUGCUCUUCUGGAAGAUCCUGAAAGUAAUGAAAAUUUGGAUCACUUACAUGUAUCAUCAAAACAUGAAAAACUGGUCAGGAAAACAAAUGUUACAAAAACUGAAGACAGUGUUCAUGAUGCAGAUAUAAUCCUUAGCUUCUUGGAAGAUGUGGGUAAAUCAACAACUGAAGAAGAAAUUUUUAAUUCUUGCCAUCCGAGAUGUUCAGUGAAUUUUGAGCAUGACCUUGAUAAUAUUGUAGUGAAUGUUACAAAUUUUGUAGAAGAUUCUCAAGUCAAUGAAAGCCAUGAUCAAACAUCUACACAUUUAAAGCAUGAGAAUGCAGACACUAAUGCCUCAGUUUCAAAAGUUGAAGAAAGCAUAGACAGUGAUAGUGAUGUAACAUGCAGCAUUGUAGAAGACAUAAAUGUGUGUGUUGCUACUCAUAUCAGUUCAAGUACUGAACCCAAUGGG